CUUGAAAACUGAAGAAAAAAUAUCGCUAACAAGAACAAACAAAGGCUCCUCUAUCUAUAUUUUUAUUAAUCUCAUUUUUCCAGUUUUCAGAAAGAAGAUAGGAAGCUUAAGAAAUCGAAAGGUAUUGCAUCCACUCAAAAUAGUUCAUGGAGCGGUGGUCAGGUAAAAGAGCCAUAGAGCCACGCCCUGACUCCAAGAAGGGAGCUGGUGUUGUUUUAAGAGACAGAUUCAACAACAAUAUUUGCAGUGAUGAGAAAAAAUCCAUGAAGUUCACAAGGUUUGUUGGCUCUUCAUACAAGAAAGAGAAAGCAGUUUGGUCUUCAAGCCGCUAUGGGAAGGAAGUCACUGGAACUUCCUCUAAGAUUCCUGGCUCUACCUCCUCCUCUUCUGUUAAAGAGAAGCAACCAAUGGAUUCAUCAGAGAGCAGCAAAGGUAGUGAGGAUGAGAGAGAGACAGAGAUCUUGGAAGAACCAAGAAAAGCAGUGAAAUCCACAGACUUGCCAUCAAGCUCAAGAACCAAGAAAGGUUUUAGGGAAAGGUUUGGUUUGGGGAAGCAGGAGUUUCGUCCUGGUUCAACAAACCGUGGAUGCAGCCCGUUGUUAUCAGGUGUUAUCCCAAGUGGUUUUGGAUUGGAGAAAAGACUUAGUGGGAAGGUAGAUACAAUCAAUAAGAGAAGAGUUUAUGGAGAAAGCAGCUCUAGCUCCUCCUCAGCUAGAGGUAAAAAGAUAGUAUCAGAACUACCUUCUGAAGAGAGACGUCUUGGCUUUAACCCUAGAGGAGGUUCUGCCUCAGCUGGGAGUCAGAGAUCAGUAGAUAGAGGUGGUGAUAGCCGGAUUAGAUUCACAAACCGAGGGAGUGGUGGAAAUGGUUUAUCCUCUAUUACAACAAGAGAGAUGUCUCAGAGUGAAACAUCAAACAAUCUCAAUUCUCCUGUCUCUUUGGAGCUCUUCUCUGGUUUUCCAGACUUUGGUUCUUUAUCUAGUCAAGACAGUUUUCGCAAUUACAAUUUAGAUGGGAUCUCUGAGAUUUUGCCAGAACUUGAUAGGAUUGAACAAGAUAUUGAGCUUAACUACGAGGAACUGCUUAUCAUGGAGACAGGUUUACUUCUAGGUGGACUAAGCUUCUAUGACCAACACCGUGACAUGAGACUAGACAUUGAUAACAUGUCCUAUGAGGAACUAUUAGCUUUAGAAGAGAGAAUUGGUACAGUAAGCACUGCUCUCACAGAAGAAGCAAUAUCAAAGAGCUUGAAAACAAGCAUCUAUCAGAUAAAAUCUUCAAGUGAUCACAAGGAAGAUGCCAAAUGCAGCAUCUGCCAGGAAGAGUAUUCAACAGGUGAUGAAGUUGGAAGGCUACACUGUGAACACGGAUACCAUUUGAAGUGUGUGCAAGAGUGGUUACGGAUGAAGAGUUGGUGCCCAAUGUGCAAGACCAAUGCAGACACCUCCUCUAAGGAAGGCGGGAAAGAUGUCAUUUGAAGAACUCUUACAUUCUUUAGUCUCAGACAAUUUGAUGGAAAGCUUCAUUUCAUACCAAAGAUGUUAUUUGAAGAACAAAGAUUUCCAUCUUACAUUCUUAGUCUCAGCAAAUGUAAAAAUGUGAUGUCAAUGUGUUUUCAAGAAAUGAAUCUGAACAAUUCUAAGACUAUAUGUUACAUACAAAGCAGUACAGCAGCUAUUACAUGAUUGUUUGUUUGUACCUUGCUCCCGCUUACAACUUUCUCUUCAUUCCCUUACCGGCCUGCGUGUUACACAGAGCUUGUAACUCGCUAGGAUAGCCAAGUUACCACGAACCUGCCCCGAGUCUCUAGCUGCAGAGCAUAGAUGUGUCUCUCAGUGGUCAUGUUCAUCAUGAGAUGCAGCGCUUCAGAAUCGUUUUGAAACGAAAACCAGUGGUCAUUUUUUUGAGCCAGAGCAGCUUACUCAGCAAUUUGCAAUAUUAAACAUCUCAAACAUGUUCCUUCACACUCCUUCUCGUUCCUCAAACGA